CAGUCCCUACUCGAACUACUCCCUCCCAUUGUCCUCGCGGUUCCAAAAAGUAAAAUUUCUCACUCGCGCAAGUCCAUGCGCAGUGCAAACAAAGGACUUAAAGACAAGCGGAAUAUCGUGAACUGUCCAGCCUGCGGAGAGCCUAAGCUCGCACAUCAUGCGUGCAGAACAUGCUACUCUUCAAUAAUGGCGCGUUUUAAAGCGGAGACUAAG